GCACAACGCACCAACGCACGCACGCCGCUGCUGCCGCCUGCCUUUUCCAUUGAUUGCCGCCCUCUGUUUGCGUAGCGUGGUGUUCCUUCUUCUUCUUCUCGCCUUCACUCACACGCCACACGCUCAAACUCACACACACACACACACCCGAUACCCACCACCCUCAGUGGCUACAGCCACCCAGGCCUACCCUCCUCAACACAGACGGAUCUCUGUCCUUCCAACCCUCCCCACUUGGUUUAUCCCCUCCUUUGCUCUUGCUCUCCCUUUCGCCCUUCCAUUGAGGAUGCGUGCAAGGCAAUCAUUGGCCCUUGCCGCCGCGCUGCUGGCGCUCAGCCAGCUCCUCGUCGCCCCUGUCAGCGCACAGAUCAUCAACGUCGACGGCGCACAGUGUGAGAACGGCGAGCUUGUCGGUGAUGGCUCAAACUACCGCGGCGAGCUCUCCGUUACCGUCUCUGGAAAGACCUGCCAAGCAUGGUCGUCCCAGUCACCACACAGACACACGCGUACCCCAGAGAACUUUCCUGAUGCUGAUUUGAGGGAGAACUUCUGCCGCAACCCUGACGGCGAAUCGUCCCCUUACUGCUUCACCACAGACCCCUUUACCCUCUUCGAGCCCUGUGACGUGUGCGCCGGCGCAACCGCCUCGACCACGACAACAACAACGAGCACGACUACAACGACGACGACGACGACCACAACCACUACAACAACAACAACGACGACGACGACAACUACCACCACCACCACGACCAACGGUGUCACGACAACCUUCCGUGAUCAGUACACGCUCGCCGCUUCAGCCGAUGCCACCCUGUACGAGGAAGGCGGCGCCAACGGUGCUGGUUCGUUCCUCAUUGCAGGCACAGACGGCGAGGGCAACAUGCGUCGCGCCGUCAUCAUGCUGGCGCUCAACUCCCUGCCGGACAACGUUCGCGUCACGUCGGCCCAGCUCAUCUUCCACGUCGCGGACACCCCAGUGGGCGACACCGUCUUUGACCUCCACUCUCUCACCUCUGCCUGGACCGAGGGCCCCUCCAACCCCACCGAUCCUGAGACGAGCGGUGUUACACCCACGGACAACGAUGCCACGUGGACAGACAGCUCCUUCCCCUCCACCACGUGGACAGCCGCUGGUGGCGAUUUCUCCAGCCCGCCUGUUGCCUCCGCUACCGCCGGUGGCGCGGACAGCUUUGUUGUGUUCUCUGGUGAGGACUUUGCCGCUGAGAUCAACAACCUUCGCUUCCGCGGUGAAAACCUUGGCUUCCUGCUCAAAGCCAACGACGAGACUGUUCCCUCCAUGAAGCGCUUUGAGUCCCGCGAGAACCCGAGCGUGCUCGGUGUGCGGCCCCGCCUUAUUGUGGACGUUGAGCCUCUUGGUGAGACAACCACGACAACCACGACGACGACUACCACCACGACUACGACGACAACCACCACCACCACCACCACGACGACAAGCACCACCACUGCCGCGCCGCAGCUGGUCAUUCCCCCCAACGGCAACGGCCCAGUGUACACGAGCCUGUUCAUUGCUGGCGUCGAUGGGCUGAUCCGCGCAGCACCGUCUGAUGUCAUGAUCAACAACGUUGCUGGCCUCAUCUCCAGCGCCAACAUUGUCAUCUCCCCACGCCCCGAUGGCUCGGAUGAGACGUUGUCCACGCUUUCCGAGCAGUCGCUGACUGUCACCUUCAACGACUUCACCGGCACGCUGCAGCUUGAAGGUCUGGCCACGCCAGCUGUCUACGAGCAGGCCAUCUCCGACCUCCUCUACCGCAACGACGCCCUGCCCCCAACCACAGGCGUGCGCACGUUGACCGUGUCUGUGUUUGUGGACAAUGGCCCGACCCUGACGGGCACGGUGCGCGUGAACCUGGUCCGUGGCAGCACCGUCGAGUCCACCUCCACGACGACCACGACGACAACGACAACGACAACGACAACCACCACCACGUCUCUCACGACAACCACCACGCGGUCCACGACGACCACCACCACCGCCACGUACCCAACGCUGAGCGCCGUGGUGUUCUCACAGUCGUCGGUGUUCUCCACGUACGUCUUCCUCGUCGGCCGCGCCAGCCGCAACUUCUACCUCUCUGGCAGCAUGCAGCACACGCUGUUUGUGCCCAACAACGCCGCCUUUGCUGCGCUGCCCUCUGGCGAGCUCUCUCGCCUGCUCACCUCCCCCAUGGAGCUUGCCGACCUCAUCGACUACCACGCCGUGCCCGGCCGCUUUGAGAACAUUGAGGAUGGCGACCGCCUCGACACCGCCCAGGGCUCUCUCCUCCGCAUCAACGAAGACCCCUCUGCCCCGUACGGCCUCUCCGUGUCUGGCGCCCCCAUCCUGCGUCGCGCUCCGCUCGCCACCAACGGCGUCAUCUACGUCCUCGGCACCGUGCUUGACCCAGAUGACUUUGUGCCCACAUCCUCCUCGUCUUCCACCUCCACCUCCACGUCUUCCUCCACCUCCACCACGUCGUCCACCUCCACCUCCACCUCCACGUCAACCUCCACCUCCUCGUCCACAUCAACCUCCACUUCCACCUCCACCUCCACAUCUGCCACCGCCGACACCCUUGCGGACAUCAUCCUCACCAACCUGGACUACGCCCAGUUUUACUUCUACCUCGCCAGCGCCAACCUCGACAGCGUCCUCACAGAGCCCGGCAGCCGCACGCUCUUUGUGCCCAACAACGCCGCGUUUGAGCGCGCCUCGCUCGACUUUGCCACAAACGCCGAAUUGCGCAACUUCAUGUCCUACUUCAUUGCAACAGAGGGCUCCUUCCGCGCAUCGGAGCUGACCGACGGCCGCAUGCUGCAGACCAUGCGUGGUUUCCGCGUGACCAUCACCCGUGACAGCGAUGAGGAGAUUUACGUCGACGGCGCCCCCAUUGUGCGCCGCAACCAGUACGCUGACAACGGGUUCGUGCACGAGCUGGGCGAGGUGUACAUCGUGCCGCUGUCCACCACCACGACAACAACAACGACAACCACGACCACGACGACGACCACCACCACCACGACGACGACGCUCAUUGACUCGCUCCGCGACGCGCUUACCUCCAACUUUGACUUCUCCACCUUCAUCCUCCUCCUCUCCUCGGCGGACCUGGACGAUGUGUUGAACGAGGAGGGCGUCACGCUGUUUGUGCCGUCCAACGACGCGUUUGCCGACAUCCCCGAGCCCGUUGUGCUUGAUCUUCUCAGCGACGACUUCCGCCUGCGCCAGAUUCUGCUCCACCAUCUCGUCCGUGGGCAGUCGCUUUCCUUCGCCGACCUGCAGGGCCUGCGCUCUGUCACCCCCGCGAACGGCCAGGUGGUCUCGCUGGUGCACAACAACGGCAGCCUCGCCUACGGCACGGGCACCAUUGUGCAGCAGGACAUUGCCACGGAUGUGGGCUACGUGCACGUCAUUGAUAGCGUGCAGUUCCCAGACAUCACCAGCACCACCACAACCACCACCACUUCCACUACCACGACAACUACCACCACUACCACCACUACCACCAGCACCACGACGACGACAACCACGACAACGACCACAACUACCACGACGACGACAACCACGACAACGACCACAACUACCACGACAACCACCACUACCACAACGACUACAACGACCACAACAGGUGCAGGCAGCAACAGCACGUCGACCUCCACGACGACAACGACGACCACCUCAACCUCGGGUACAACGACGACAACGACGAUCCCAUGUGUGCCACGCGAGAACAACUGCCACGAGUGCUCCACCGAUGGCACGGGCUGCACCAUUUGCCGCAACCAGCGGUACCUUCUCAACGGCUACUGUGUUGACCAGUGCCCUGGCAACUACGAGCCACGUGGCACGGGCGACUUCUUCCGCCGCUGCGAUCUGCUUUUCACGACCACCACCACAGCUGCGCCCACCACCACCACGACCACCACCACCACGACCACAAUCCCAUGUGUGCCUCGCGAGAACAACUGCCACGAGUGCUCCACCGAUGGCACGGGCUGCACCAUUUGCCGCAACCAACGGUACCUGCUCAAUGGUUACUGUGUUGAUCAGUGCCCUGGCAACUACGAGCCACGUGGCACGGGCGACUUCUUCCGCCGCUGCGAUCUCCUGUUCACGACCACGACAACCACGACAACCACGACCACGACCACAUCGACAACCACCACAACCACAACAACGCAAAGCACGAACUCAACGACGACCAUGCCUCCCACGUCCAGUGUGAACGGAACAACCACGACAACCACGACCACGACCACAUCGACAACCACCACAACCACAACAACGCAAAGCACGAACUCAACGACGACCAUGCCUCCCACGUCCAGUGUGAACGGAACAACCACGACAACUACCACCACGACUACCACCACUACCACGACCACCACGACGACCACCACCACCACCACGACCACGACCUGCCGUGAUGUCCCUGACACGCUGUUCAACCUUGAGAACAUUGAUUCGAGCAACACCACGUUCUUCCUUGGCUCCCAGCGCUCCUCGGUCAUUCGCGAGACAGACUCCGCAGAGCCUUUUAUUGCGCCAUCGUACUGGAACAUGACUGUGGAUGCGAGCGACUCGCAAAUCCUGCUCAUCCCCACCCUGCCUGAGGCCGGCAACUACAACGUGUUUGUGUCCUACGUCCCGGGCGCCACGUCCGCCAGCAACGCCUUUGUGCGCGUGCGCUCCCUCUCUGGUGUGCGCGUUGUGCGCGUGAACCAGCGUGAGGCCCCGGCCGCGGACGGGUUUGUGAGCAUUGGCCAGUACCCGUUUGACCGCGUAUCGUCACUGGAAGGCAUUGGCUUCCUGAACGAGGUGCGGCUGAGCGCCAACACCACGGAGCGCACAGACGGCCACUACUCUGUCGAUGCCGUUCGCUUCGAGUUUGCUGAUUGCUAAGUGUCUCUUCCUCCUUCCUUGUCUGUCUUGUGUGUUUU